AUGGUGCUAGUAGGAAAGAAGGCACGAGAAAAGAAGGCAAAAAAGGAGAAAGCCCUACUAGAAGUGAAAUCUGAAAGAGAGGAAAGAGCGCGUCGAAUUAAUAAGCAAAUAAUUCGAGAGCAUAGAAGAAUCAGUGUUGUCGUCUGUGGGGACACAAAAGCAGUUGAUAUCUAUAUGAAGCAGAGAAUGGAUUUGAGCACGCCGGUGGAUCGCUAUCAAGUGUCUAUAGAUGCUGAAGCGGGUGCAGAUCCCAAGGGAAGGAUUACUGAAAGGAACUGUGAUUUGUACCUUUGCGUUUACGACGUUCGCGAUAAAAAAACUGUCGAGUUCUUGAGAAAUCGUGUUAUGCCUCAAGUUAAAUAUUUUAAUAAGAAGAUAGCUAUCGCUGGACUUGGCCUCGAAGCUAGACUCUGUGGAGGCCAAGGUGAAGUUGAGAUUGGAACAUCCACUCAAUUGGCCAAGGAGUAUGGAUGCCGAGGAAGUGAAUUGAUCUCCUGCGAUCCCCAUCAGUUGGCAGCUGGAACAUUUUCGCUCUAUUCGGCAUCUUAUCCAGAGAAGUUCAUGGAAACCAAGCCACUUAUUAAUAAGUCGGUUGAGCCAGGAACUUCCACAUCAGGUAAGGAUAAAACCAAAAGAGAGAAAAGAGCCAAGGAAAAGAAGGAAAAAAGCGGCUAA